ACACUCCCAUCUCCAUCUCUGCAAAGACUCCGAAAGCUUGAGCUCAAGCUCCAAUGGCGAUGGAGCUUCUCCUCAUUGUAUCUCCGCUAGUGCUAGCUCUAAUCAUCUUCUUCAGCUUCAGAGGCAGCAACAAGGGCGGAGACAAGGCGGCGAAGCUCCCGCCGGGGACGAUGGGCUGGCCACUGAUCGGCCACACGAUCCCCUUCAUGCAACCCCAUUCCUCCGCCUCUCUCGGCCUUUUCGUUGAGAAAAACAUCGCCAAGUAUGGGAGGGUUUUCAGGAUGAACUUGUUGGGCAAGGCAACGAUCGUGUCGACGGAUGCGGAUUUCAAUAGGUAUAUACUGCAAAGCGAGGGGAGGAUGUUUGAGAACAGUUGUCCGACGAGCAUCGCGGAGAUCAUGGGACGGUGGUCGAUGCUGGCGUUGGCCGGAGAUGUGCACCGGGAGAUGAGAUCCAUUGCGGUGAACUUCAUGAGCAAUGUUAAGCUGAGGACUUACUUUUUGCCUGAUGUGGAGCAGCAAGCGAAGCAGAUCUUGAGUGGAUGGCGCCAUGGAUCCACCUUCUCUGCUCAAGAGGAGGGCAAGAAGUUUGCUUUUAAUCUAAUGGUGAAGCAUUUGAUGAGCAUGGAUCCUGGAAUGGCUGAGACUGAGCAACUGAGGAAGGAGUACAUCACCUUCAUGAAGGGCAUGGCCUCCAUCCCUUUAAACUUCCCUGGAACUGCUUACAGGAAAGCCUUGCAGUCAAGGUCCAUAAUACUGAAAAUAAUGGGACAAAAGCUGGAUGAAAGGGUGGAGAAGGUGAAGAAAGGAUGUGAAGGUCUUGAAGAAGAUGACCUUCUUGCAUCUGUUGCUGCUCAAUCAAACAUCACAAGAGACCAAAUUCUUGAUCUCAUUCUCAGCAUGCUCUUUGCCGGCCAUGAAACCUCCUCCGCUGCCAUUUCUCUUGCCAUCUUUUUCCUUGAGUCUUCUCCCAAAGCUCUUCAACAACUCCGAGAGGAGCACAUGAAUAUAGCCAAGAUGAAGAAGGAGAAAGGAGAGAGUGGGCUAACUUGGGAUGAUUACAAGCAGAUGGAGUUCACUCACUGUGUGAUCAAUGAAACUCUGAGGCUAGGCAACAUUGUGAAGUUCUUGCACAGAAAGGCCAUUAAGGAUGUCCAAUACAAAGGUUAUGAAAUUCCAUGUGGAUGGGAAGUUGUACCAAUAAUCUCCUCAGCUCAUUUGGACCCUUCCAUUUAUGAUGAUCCACAGUCCUACAAUCCCUGGAGAUGGGAGACAAUUUCAACGGCGACAUCGAAGAACAAUAGUAUAAUGUCAUUCAGCGGCGGUCCUCGUCUAUGCCCGGGUGCCGAGCUUGCUAAGAUGGAGAUGGCUGUGUUCUUGCAUCACCUUGUUCAGAAGUUCACCUGGGAAUUGGCUGAGCAUGACUACCCUGUAUCCUUCCCAUUUCUAGGGUUCCCUAAACACUUGCCAAUCAAAGUCCAUGCAAUUGAUCACAACCAUGAAGCAUGAAGCUAGAGAUAAUAUAUGAUCACUUAACUUGGGAUUAUAUAUAUUAUUAUGUUAUCUUUAUGUUGUUGUAUUGGAGAAACCACGUCCAUGGGUGCAUGCAUGCUUAAUAUUUUCCUUGUGCUAUCUAUGUAUCAAUUUAUCUAUAUUUAUCAUUGAGUGAAGCUUUGUUCUCCUGACUGCUUUAUUUAUAAUGAAUUUUGAUGAUGCUUCACGGCUU